UUCACACUUUCAUUAGGCCCGAUUCCAUUGAAACACCUGCUUUUGUAAUUUCACUAAGCCAAAAAAUAGAAGCUCCUUUUCAUCAAGUGUGAGACCUUUUUCCUCAUCCUGUUGCACACUGCACAUGCAAGUUUCAUUUGUUUCUUUUUUCUUUUUUGCUUCAUAGAGAGAGAGAGAAUCAGACAGGUUUAGCUCCCAUGUCAGACUCACACCUGAUCACUUUCUGUUUUCUUUCUUGUUCCAUCCUUGCUCUUAUUCUCAUCACCUUCAUUUUCACCAGAAGAAAGAAACCAAAGUUUAAUCUUCCCCCUGGCCAAAUGGGGUGGCCCCUUCUUGGGGAAACCAUAGGGUAUUUGAACCCUUACCCUGCUGUUACACUUGGAGAAUUUAUGGAGAACCACAUAGCAAGGUAUGGUAAAAUUUACAAGUCAAACUUGUUUGGGGGGCCAGCCAUAGUGUCAGCAGAUGCAGGGCUGAAUAGGUUCAUAUUGCAGAACGAUGGGAAGUUGUUUGAGAUCAGCUAUCCUAAGAGCAUUCGUGAUAUACUCGGGAAAUGGUCUAUGUUGGUCUUAGUAGGGGACAUGCACAAGGAAAUGAGGAACAUUUCACUCAACUUUCUCAGCAAUGCUAAGCUCCGAACACAUCUUGUCAAAGAGGUCGAGAGGCAUGCCCUUCUCGUUAUUAACUCAUGGAACAAUAAUUCUACAUUCUCCGCUCUACAAGAAGCCAAAAAGUUCACCUUCAAUUUUAUGGCGAAACGUAUAAUGAGCUUGGAGCCUGGGAAUCCCGAAACAGGACAAUUGAGGAGAGAAUAUGUGUCUUUCAUGAAGGGUGUUGUAUCUACUGCGCCUUUGAAUUUGCCCGGAACAGCAUACAGGAAAGCAUUAAAGUCUAGGGGUGCCGUAAAGAAGAUUAUAGAGGGGAAAAUGGAAGAAAGGAACAAGAGGAUCCAAAAGGGUAACGCAAGUUUGGAGGAAGACCAUGAUCUUCUAAGUUGGGUUAUGACGCACACAAAUCUUUCAAAUGAGCAAAUACUUGACUUGGUAUUGAGCUUGCUCUUUGCUGGCCACGAAACCUCAUCGGUAGCCAUAGCUCUAGCUAUUUACUUCUUGCCGGGUUGUCCUCGAGCCAUACAACAAUUAAGGGAAGAACACGUGGAAAUAGUCACUUCAAAGAAGCAGACAGGGGAAGUUGAAUUGACUUGGGAUGAUUACAAAAGAAUGGAGUUUACUCACUGUGUUGUGAACGAAACACUUCGAUUAGGAAAUGUUGUGAGGUUUAUUCACAGGAAGGCUAUUAAGGAUGUUCACUACAAAGGUUAUGAUAUUCCAUGUGGGUGGAAAGUCCUUCCGGUGGUUUCAGCUGUGCAUCUCGAUCCUGCACUUUUUGACCAACCUCACCAAUUUAAUCCUUGGAGAUGGCAGGACAAGAAUAAGAGUGGAAGUUGCGAAAACGCGAAUGUUAACAUGAACUUGAUGGCGUUUGGAGGAGGACCAAGGAUGUGUGCGGGAUCAGAGUUAGGGAAACUUGAAAUGGCUGUGUUCAUCCACCAUCUCAUCCUCAACUACAACUGGGAACUUGUUGGAGAGGAUCAACCUAUUGCAUACCCUUACGUUGAUUUCCCCAAAGCUUUACCCAUCAAAGUCCAAACACUCCUCAUUUAGUAGCUAGAAGAAGGAGGAGAAGAAAGAUUAUUAAUGUAGUUUCUAGUUUUUUUUUCUUCAUGCUUUUGGAAAAAAAAAACCAUGCUUGUUUAGGUGCCUUCUUUCCAAUGUGUAGAAAGUGAAAAUAAUGAAAAUGUGUUUAGUUUAUUAA